AUCAGUAAGUUGAGAAGCAUACAUGGAGAAUGAGGCGAGAUAUGACGGCAACCGGUAAARCAGGUUACUUCCCUACGUCAACACUAAAAAUACUCUCCUACCCAAAACGAUGCAGCUAUUUAAACCAGCUACAUAUCUGUGAUUUAGAAAGUCSAACGCAUGAACUACAAGAGACAAGAAGAAGAUUGAAGAGCUUUGAUGUAGCAACUGAGGAAGAAGUUACACGGCACUCUUUGUAUGGCGUUCCCAAUUUUUAUCCCGGACCAUUUGGUGGUCCCGCCACCUGCUGAACACAUCGCCAAUAAUCUAGUCAAGCAUGUACUCAUGAAAGGACAAGACUUUCACUCCUUUGCCUACAAACCAAUCCAAGACACCCUGAUUCUUCAGUAUCUUAAAAAGCUCAAAGGAUCUGAAGUACUCGAUUCCUUAAUGGUCGUGACGUUUCGUCCAAAUGGCAAGGACAAGGAGAAUGGGUCRGCGAUAAAUGUUGUUCGCAGAGGAGUCUGCCUCGAAGGAGCUUGCUACCGGUUUCUUGGUCACUCAGACGCACAGCUUCUCGAGAAGACGUGUCUCCUCAUGCACGACUCGGACCUUGCAAUCUACGACUAUUUUGAAAAGUUUACAGACUUCCAUAGUUUCAAAAGCUUGUCWAAGAGGGCUGAAUGCAUCGGUGUGUUGUUCACAGGUUUCGACAAGACACUUCCACUGAGCGAGAACGAUUACUUCACUAUUGAUGAUGUAAAGAGAGGAUCGUACAAGACGUAUAACUUUUCUUAUGGCUGUGGCUUCAUGUCCAUGCAGUUCGCCACCGAGAUCAAACAACUAGAWAAACUUGACUACACUCCGUGUGUUGCUCGUGUUGUCUACCAAGGCUACUCAGGAAUUCUUGUACUUCGCUCCGAUUUAAACCUGGUCAAAGUCGAAUUCAGGGAAUCUAUGAGAAAAUUCACUUUCGCUCACACAGAUUUGUAUAAUGGAAUGACAUCUGUUGGCGUGAUGGACUACUCUCGUCCCUAUAGCAACGGUUACUUGAAUACUCAUGAUGUCAUGCUAUUGGCGGAUGGCGGCGUACCACGUGAGUACUUGAGCCAAUUACAAGACGAAUACUUCACGUUGUUGGAGAAUCUUUUGAUAAGCAAGACYCAGGCUUCGUACUACUUGCAAAUCACGGGUCAWGAGGAACUUCUGCGCAAGCUGAACACUGAAGGAAUGGAUUCCAUCCUAGAGGASCUGAAGAAACUACAAGAAUACGAGAUACAGUCAAUGAAAGGCAACAAGAAGAACGAGCAAGAAGAAAGUACUUCUGAUUCAAUGAAAAAGUCUAAAGCACAAUUGAAGAUUCUGGUCCCUAARUCAAGAGUCGUGUUCGGAGCUUGCGACCCGUUUGAACUGCUUGGGUACGGWGAGUGCUACUUCAACCCCACGUUGACCGAAGAGGAAGAAAAACARUUCUCAGAAGUGGACCGAAUCGUUGUUUUCCGCGAUACUAGUUACUAUCCAGGUGACGUCCGCGUSCUGAAGGUCCAACGCAAGCAUACUGAAUAUGUCCAUCACAAAGACUGUAUCAUCUUUCCCAUACAUGGUUCUCGUCCACACGCYAUUGAGUGCGGAGGUGCAGAUUUGAGCAGGGACAAAUUCUUUGUCAGCUGGGACACGAACCUUAUUCCACGGUGGCGGACAUCCCCUUAUCCAUAUACGCCCAACGCAAUAGCGCACCUGGGGGGACGAUUAUACGAGCAAGGCUUCCAACUCAAACUUCGCGAAAGAACCAARGAUUACUUYCACUCGAUAUUUGGCUACUCAGARAACUACGCAAGAGAAAUGAAGAUCAAACAACGCCAGGAGCUGGCAGAGUAUUUUGCAAAUUACGACACACAUCUCGUCGACAAGUUUAAUCAAACCUUUAUGAAGUACGCCACGGCUCGUGGRCCAUYGAGUAAAGAAUGYCAACAUCUCCACCAUGUUUUUUCCAGGGCGGUCAGAAGUGUGGGAAGAGGAGAAGAGCUUGAGAAGAUCAUUGCRCAGUACGAGGAGGAGUACAAGAGUCUAUCGAGACCUACGUCCAAGCCACGUCGUUGCUGCUUGGUCAACAUGCUGAUUCGGAAUGGUUGGAUUAAACCUUUCUUUGAUCCUGGUGAUGAUGUGUGGAACACAAUGGAGAAGACCGCAUCAGAAUAUCUACAACGCCUUGAAAAUAACACCCAGGAAAACACUGAAAUAACGGUAAAAACUGAAGGCAAGGAGGAAGAACAGAAUGAAAAUGGCUCAAAAGCUGAAGGAAAAAAAGAGGAAGAACAGAAUGRAAAUGGCUCAGACCAAAACUAGAGAAGAUUGAUCAAGAUUUUUCUGAACUGUAUCAUCAACAAAAUAUGACUCGAUUAAAACAACAAGAAGAAAAAAUCGUUAAAAUCGUUAAACAUAGAGCAUAUCGAGACCUAAAGCAAGGAGGAAAAUGCAAAUGAAGAUGGGAAUGAAGAUAGGUCAAAUUAAAAAUAGAUAGAUAGCAAGGCGGUAAAACUAGAGAAGAGAAGAUUUUUGUUGAACCGUAUAGUUGARCGAAAAGUUUCUCGGUAAAGACAAGAAAGAAAAAAAACUGARUAGAAAGUAUAAGUAUUAGUACAAAUAAAACUAACUGCGCCAGAUCUAGAUUUUACUCAUUCUGGUUAUGGUUCAGUUUAAAAUAAAUUUUGUUAUAAAGCAUUGUUCUUAAAAUUGUACAUAGUGAAAACCAAAAAGAUAUAUACGUCAUGACAAACGCUUCGACGUUCACUCACGUCGUUAUCGAGUGAACAAG